AUGGAUACAUAUCAGGUGGCGCUGAGCUGGGGACUCUUUGGCGCGGCCGCAGUGGGAUGUGCCUUCUACUACUGGCCGAACGAUCAAACAGGGGCCAGCAAGCGACGCGACAGCACAGAUAAUACUAGCAGGAGACGGAAGAACGAGCAGGAUGUACGUAACCGGCUCAGCAAAAACGCUAGCGAUGUGGAUGUUGGAAGCAGCUCGGCAGCAGAAAGUGCUCGACAAGGAGGCAAUGCACCGGCGAGGAAGCGCAAGGUGCAGACAAAGGAGCCCACACAGACCAGCGAGACACCAGCAGUGGUGGUCAGCGCAGACGAGCCGGAGGAGGUUGAUAUGAACACACGAGAAUUCGCCGAGCAGAUGGCCCAGAACCGGAAAGGGACCAACAUCUCUUCGAGCCAGCGCAAAGACAACAGGGUGAAGACGGUCAAGCAGAGCAGCGCCUUGAACACCCCUGACCUCUCUUCCGGCUCCUCACAAGCUGGAGCUGAGGCGGAUGAUGAUCUUUCGCCAGCUGUCUCGCCAUCGUUGAAUGCUGGCGACGUGGCGGACAUGUUGGAGCCAGUUGCGCCUGGUCCGUCAACCCUGCGUGUGACCGCGCCAACCAAGCCCCAGAAGGAGAAGGCUCAAAAGCAGUCCAAGGAGCAAGUCGUUGAAUCUAAGAAGCAGCGACAGAACCGCCAGAAAGUGGAGGCGCAACGAAUCCAACGAGAGGAGGACGAGAAGCAACGUAAGGCUUUGGAGGAGAGACAACGACGGGCGGCCAGAGAGGCACGUGGCGAGCCUGCGCGGAACGGAAUGCCUGCUUCCAAGCCACCUGCAAAGAGCGCCUGGGUGGCUUCGACAGCGCCCACCAGCAGCAAUGCCACAACACCAGCAGCGACCGAGAACAACGCGCCGCUGCUGGACACCUUUGAUGCUGAGUCCACCAGCAGCUCUAAUGGAGGCCCAGCACUCAGCACCGCGGCCACCAGCACGACAUCCAAUGGGCCUAUCAAUGGCGCGGUGUCUGAAGAGGACCAGCUAGCUCAGGCCAUGAGACAGAGCGAGGACGAGUCGGGCUGGACUACCGUGGCUCAGCCGAAGAAGCAAAAGAAGAAGGCUGUUGAUGGCGACAGCAAUACCGUUGAGCAACCAGUCCUCACCGACAAGACGAACGCAGCGCCACCAAAGCCUGCUGUGAACGGCAAGCCGAAAGGUUUCCAGGCGCUCGAGGUGGAGUAUGAGCAGCGCGCCGAUGCCGACCCUAGCGAUGCCUCUAACUGGGACGCAUGA